AUGGAAAUAGACCCUUGGAGUGCAGUGAAAAACAUCUCCACCACUCUUACUGGUGUGGAUCCUAAGAUUGCUCAGUUAGAGGCGGCUAAGAAGGCAUUGAAAUUGCUCCAGUCUACUGGGAACUCAAAUCCAUUGAUUGACUUAUCCAUAGCAGCUUCUGAAGGUGAUAACGAAAAAUUAUUGGAGAUUUUGAAGAACAAAGAGACUUACGAAUACUUGAACAAAGAAGAUGAUAGUGGUCUUUAUCCAAUUACUUAUGCUAUUGUCUUUGAUAAUGAAGAAGCUGUGGAAAUUAUCCUAGCAAAAUCUGCUGAGAAUUUGAACAAACCAGAUGCAAUGUUUGGAUAUACACCAUUGAUGUGGGCGGUAUGGCUACAACAUAAGGGAAUUGUUGUAGAAUUGUUGAACCAUGGUGCUAAUUUAGAAGCUGAAGGUAAAAAUGGUAUAACCGUCUUCGAUUUAGUUAAACCAGGUUCAGAAAUGUAUGAUUUUUUUGAAGAACAUGGAUUAUUGGAAAAUAAAAACAAAUCCAAUGAAGAUAGUGAAGAUAUGUUUUAUAAGGCAGCUGCUAUACCAAGUGCUGAAAAAGAAGAUGAAUUGUAUGAUAACAUAAGGUUGAAAACUGCCGGGUUGAACAUUACAGAUGAUACGAAUUUAUAUCAAGAUUCAAAUGCAUUUACAGCAGGUACAGCAGCAACAACAGCCAAUGCCUUAUUUGAUGAUGAAUUUAAUUUCAAUAAAUUACAAAAAAAUCAAUACAUUAUAUUUUCAGAUUUUGACAUUCCAUCAAUUUUAGAUUUAAUUUUCGAAUUAGAAAAGAAACAUGCACAUAAGACUACCUAUCCAGCUGCAGUUAUUUAUCAAUGUGUUAGAUAUGCAGAUCACUCGAAGAAAAGUGAUUUGUUAGUUGAGAAUUUCUUAAAUUUAGCAUUUACAAGAAUUAGAGCCAGUACAGCUUCAAAAUCUGGUGUUACCAGUAUUCAAAGUCAAGGUGAUAUUGUUUUACAAAGUUAUUGGUUAUCAGUUAUAAACUUUCUUUAUUAUUACCUAUGUCGUGAUGAUGGAUUUUUCAAAAGAUAUCCAAGAUUAUUGCAAGAUUUAGUUAUAACAUAUCAAUCAUUGAUUAUUGAAUUAACAAAUUCAAUUAAAUUUAGAUUGAAUGAUUUAAUUGAUGAUUGUUUAUUAAAUUUUGUCAAUAUACCAGUUAUUAAUGGUACUCUUUAUAAAAAUGAUUGGAAUUUUUUCAAGAAGAAAUCACAACAAAAAUCAACAUUUGAUGAUAUUUAUAAAAUGUUAUAUCCUCCAUCAGUUAAAGAACAAUUAAAACCAUCGCCGAUCAAGAUCACACAAACUUUAGGUGCUUUGCUUUAUGUUUUAGAAUUACAUGAUGUUCAUCCAUUGAUUACACAACAGACUUUUUCAUCUGUAUUUUAUUGGUUAUCAAUAACUUUAUUUAAUAGAGUUUUAUCACAGAAAAAAUAUCUUUCAAGAGCACAAGCUAUACAAAUAAGAUUAAAUGUGUCAGUUAUUGAAGAUUGGACAAGAUCAAAUAACAAAUCACCUUCAUUACCUGAUAUUGAUACUUAUUUAUUAAAAGCAUUCCCAUAUACAUUAAUAGAGGAAAAUAUAACUGAAGAACAUCCAUUAGUCUUGAAUAAAGUGGCAUUUUAUAACGGUAAUGUUAAAGAUCCAAAUGAUUUAGCAUUCUAUCAUACUUCGUUGUUUUCGAUAUUAAAGAUUCAUUUCGAAGUCUUUUAUGAGUUAUUACAGUGGUUACAAACAUUUACAAUUCUUAGAGAUGAGGAUAGUUUACUUGCUAUAUUUGAGAGUUUACAAUCGUUAAAUGCUGCUCAAUUAAUGAGAACUAUUGACAAAUAUAGAUAUGAAGUUGAUGAAGAAAAAUUUCCAAAAACUUUAUCCAAGAAAAUUCAAUCCAAAGUUAAAAAUGAAGAUCAAAAAAGACCAAAUAUACUAUAUCAAGGUAAUGAUUUCUUAUAUUUAAAUCCAAGUCAAGAUUUCCCUGUUGCAUUACCUACAAUUCCAGAACUAGUUAAUGAAUAUGGUGCCGGUCUUGGUGGUAUUGAUAAGGCUAAAGCUAUUAAAUAUCAACCAUUCCUUCCUUAUGAAAUUAUAGAUUCAAUUGAUGAAAUUCAUGAACAAAAGGCCAAACAAAAACAAAAACAAGAAGAAGAUGAGGCAAAUGAAAGAAAGAAUGAAGAGUAUAAUGAUGAAGAGCAAGAUGAUGAUGACGAUGAUGAAGAACGUGAAAAAGAGAGGGAUAGAAAUGGAAACAAUAAUAAUAAUGAAGAAGGUUUUGGAAACGAUAGACACGAUGAAUUGUUCCAAAGUCUACAAGUUCCUAGUUCUCUAGCACAUCGUAAUUGGGGAGUCGAUGAUGAAAACACUAUGAACCCGUGGUAG